GGCACUGCCUCGACGGCGGCUCCAUGGGACGCGUGGACCGGCCGCCCCCCGCCCCUGGCAGACGCCGUCAUGAGGGACCUGCCGUACUUCUGCCGCAACCAAGUGGUGUGGCUCCAAGCAGCUAACUGUGGGCAUCCCACAGCUAACUUUCCUGAACAAGUAGUAGAUAAUCUUCCAGCUGAUAUAUCCACUGGCAUUUAUUACGGUUGGGGCAGUGUUGGAAGUAGAGAUGUCCCUAAGAUGGUGGUGAGCAUAAGAUGGAACCCAUACUACAAGAAUACGAAGAAGUCCAUGGAAACUCAUAUCAUACAUACCUUCAACAAGGACUUCUAUGAGGAAACCCUCAAUGUGGCUGUCGUUGGCUACCUCAGACCAGAAAAGAACUUUGAUUCUUUAGAGUCACUUAUUUCAGGAGUUCAAGGUGAUAUUGAGGAAGCUAAGAAACAACUUGAUUUACCAGAACAUCUGAAACUCAGAGACAAUUUCUUCCAGGUUCCUAAAAGCAAAAUAAUGAAUGGCCACUGAUGAAAAAUCAUGUUAUUUAUUCAUUCACUGUUUUCUAGUAUUUUACUUCUUAUA